AUGGUGAGGGCGCAAGGAACCACAGCACCAACGGUGUGCAAUGGAUACGCCGAAUUUUGUGAUAAGCCAUACUCCUCUAUAACGUUUGUAGCAACUCAUAAUUCCUACGCAAAUACAUCCGAAACAACCGGUAUUCCCCAACAACUGAAGGCCGGUGUACGCGCUUUCCUACUCGAUGGUCAUUACAAUCCAAAUAGCAAAACCGCUCCAAUCGAAUUAUGUCAUACUAGUUGUGCCAUACUCGAUGCUGGUAAAGUCAGCGACACACUAAAGCUUUUCACCACUUUUCUAGAACAAAAUCCCAACGAGGUAAUUACCAUCUUCUGGGAGAACUUCGAUAAGAUUGACCCUGCUGAUUAUAAAACUGCCUAUGAUACGGCCGGGUUAACGUCGUAUGCUUAUAUUCCAUCCAGCCCUACAGAGUGGCCUACCUUGAGCAGUUUGAUCCAAAGUAAUACAAGGGUUAUUAAUUUUAUUGACACUGGAGCCAAUAACGCAACUGUUCCUUGGUUACUAUCGGAGUAUACAUAUGUUUUUGAAACACCUUUCGAAAACUAUGAUCUUAACGCUUGGCAAUGUACCGUAGAUCGUCCAAAAGAUCGCAAUCCACCUCCACCCAUGUAUUUGAUAAAUCACUUCUUGUAUCAAACCUUACCAUUUGGAAACGUUACUGUGGAAAUCCCAAAGACUGAUACAGCAAACGUAACUAACGGCCUUAACCUAGAGCUACAUGUGCAAAACUGCACGAAAAUUUUUGGUAAAGCACCAAAUUUUUUGGCGGUGGAUGCUUAUGAUCAAGGAUCCGAUGGAAAGAAUGUAUUCGUGAUUGCAGCCGAGAUGAACAAUGUUACUUAUGUGCCACCCCCAUCACCCAAAGAAACAAAGAAGAGUGGAUCGACAGUGUUGAGUGUGAAUUUGGGUGUUAAUUUCCUAGCGUUGAUCGGGGUAGUGACUUUUACGAUAUUUGGAUUAUAG